AUGUGGGAUUGUGACCACCAGGGAGCAUCGGUGUGUGUGUUUGUGGGGGGGGGGUUUGUGGGGGGGGGGGUUAGGGGGGGGGGGGGGGGGGGGGGGGGGGGGGGGGGGGGGGGGUUGUGUGUGUGUGGGUGGGUUGUGUUGGGGUUUGGUUUGGUGUGGGGUGGUUGGGUUGUUUGGUUUGGUUUUGUUGUUGGUGUUUGGGGUGUGGGGGUUUGUGUUGUGUUGUGUGGGGUGGUUGUUUGUUGUGAGAUUGUGGUUGUUUUUGUUUGUAUGUAG